AUGGCGCACAGGAAUGAUAUGGGAUCGCUGUAUGCGAGCCACAUGGGCCAUUUUGGCUGUGGGGUCGCCAUGUAUCACCCUGUGAGUGCGGCCGAUAUGACACCGCCUUGUGUGGGUUACUUGGAUCGGAAUGCAAGCGCAAAUGCAAACGUACGAUACGCCAGCAAGACCCGAUUUGGUGCCAUCCUCAUCGCACAAAAGCCUGUCACCCACACCUCUUACAAUGACGAGACCUUGUUCCGCCACUGGAUCAGAGACAACUCCACCAAGCUGGCUCAACGUCACGGCGUUGAGCUGUCCAAGUAUGGUCUUUGGCUUGUCACAAGAACAUAUACAGCGCCGAGAGCGAGCAUAAACGCCUGGCAGAGCAGGGACAAGGACGCCACCAUCAGUGUCAAGGCAAAGGCCGACAUGAUGGGCGACCUCGGUGCAACUUUAGAUUGGUCUGAGAAAGGCGCUGAUAAAGACUGGGUCCACUAUAGCGGGGAUGAAGGCGUCGUCACAUUCUUUGAUGGCAUUGAAGUUCCAAGCUGGCAGUGGUGGUUCGACGGAAUCAAAGCUCGGAUCGGCAAAGACUUCGGCCUUAUCAAGAGGCAAAUGACAAUCAAUCGGUCAGGGCUAGGCCCCCAAGGCAGUUGGAAGCCUAAAAAUGGCAUGGGGAAGAGACAAAGUGCUCCUGGCGCGGAUGACACAUACGUCCUCGCUGCCAAAGCCGUUGCGAACACCAAGACACCUCUUCCGCCACUCGAGGAAAAGCCACCUCUAGAAGAAAAAUAUACACCCGACGAGGAGCCAGCAGCAGAAGACCUGUGGGGUUCCUCAACGCCACUUAAGACCUCUACCCCUCCGCCCCGCAGUCUUUCUCGUGGACGGCCACAGUCUGUUAGGUUGCGACAUACGGAACGAAACGUAUCGACACCCACGAGGUAUUCUUUGAUCUUAGACGACGAAGGCCACCCGCACAGGAAUCUUACAGAUCCAGCCUUGCGUCUUAGCACAGCAUCGACAGCCGCAGGUAACGGGAGUGCGACCAAAGCGAGCAGACAUCAAGUUGAAGAAAGGGAUUUCUUUGACCACGCGCAUGACUUGAGAAGGAAGCACUCAUCACUCUCCUUGCGACGCACUUCGCUCAGAGAAGUUUCCACAUGA